CUGGCUACUCGGCUUUGUUAAGGUGUGAUCUGUCAUGGUUCAUGACGCCCACAUUUCCCAGCUAAUUCAGUUAGCCAGAUUAGCCAGCUAACGCUAGGUGAAUGAGAGAUUAGUUAUCAGUGUCAUACAUGCUAGCUGGCAAAUCAAGGGCACGCCCUGUCGACAUUAUUCUCCCCAUAUAAGCAAUCUUUCAACUACACUUUAGAGUAUUUUACACGUGUUGGAACAAAGGAUGAAUCCCAAUUUAAUCACUUUGACUGAGAGCUGACCCUCGUACUAGAUCGGAAGUGAAACAUCUCUGCCUGUAUCUUGUGCAGUCUUUAAAUGCAUAGUGUAUUCUAGCUAGCAUUAGCUAUAUCGUUCAAAAAUAGUUGCUUGCUAGCUGCCUACAUAGCUUGUAUAAUUUAGUUGUCGUGAAAAGGAACGAUACUUUGGGAAUUCAAACUUCACGAAAGAGAAUCACCUCUAUCCUCUGUGUUUCAGAGCUACCUAAGCAGGCUAGAACACUAUUGACGGGUGUUCUUAUGGAUCUGGAAUUCCAGUCUACCAAGCGGUCAUAUGCCUGAGUUCCCAUGGGGGCGGUCACGACUAUGGACCCGGAAUCAGUCCCGAAACCGCAGGCCCUGCCUUCACCACAGAGCAAACUGAGCAAAAUUGGGCAUGUCGCUGGGGCAACGGGGCUCAGCUCUCGUGGCAAGCACUACGUGUGCGGCUCAGUGGCUGCCUUCACCAACAUCAUCACCACCUUCCCCAUUCAAAAGGUCCUCUUCCGGCAGCAGUUACAUGGGCUGCGUUCCAGUGAGGCGGUGCGUCAGAUCCGGCACGAGGGCCUGCGCAACCUGUACCGUGGCCUGUUGCCACCACUACUGCAGAAGACCACUACGGUGGCCAUCAUGUUCGGCCUGUACGAGGACUUCUCGAGACUUCUGCUGCAACGCGCUAGAGCUAGCGGCGCACCUGAGCUGCUGACGCGCAGCGUGGCGGCGGCGCUGGCCGGCACGGCCGAGGCGGCGCUCGCGCCGUUUGAGCGCGUGCAGACGCUCCUGCAGGACCACCGGCACAACGGGCGCUUCCGCAACACGGCGCAUGCCUUCCGGAUGCUGCUGCGUGAGCAUGGCGUGCGCGAAUGCUACCGCGGCCUGGUGCCUGUACUGAUGCGCAACGGCCCCAGCAACGUACUCUUCUUCGGCCUGCGUGGACCCAUCAAGCAGAGGCUACCUGAAGCCCACACCCGAACGGGCCACAUGGUCAACGACUUUGUGUGCGGCGGACUGCUGGGUGCUGCGCUCGGCAUCAUGUUCUACCCACUGAACGUGGCCAAGUCGCGGGCGCAGGCACAGGUGGGCGGCGCCUUUGUGCCCUGUGGUCAGGUGCUGAUGACCGUGUGGAGGGAGAGGGGUGGCAGCGUGGUGAAGCUGUUCCGGGGCGCGACGCUCAACUACCAUCGCUCUUUGCUGUCAUGGGGGAUUAUCAAUGCCACUUAUGAACUCCUGCUCAAAGUCAUCUGAGGACAGGUGAAGAGGAAGGGGGUCCAGCAGAGAGUGCACUGAGGAUGCUUUGCCAUCUUGCCUGUGCAUUUGUUCUUUGCCCAUUUUUGCUCCUUUAUCCAAGAUCUAGGACACUGCUAUUUCUUAUUCACUUGCAAUGAAAUUGCGUUCAUGUUAUGCCUAUAUAAACACUUACAUUGCAAAGUGUGCUGAACCCCUUUUCUUGGUCCUAUUGUGUCCUUGCGGUUAGGAGUUUUCAGUGGAUUGUCAGGCCUGAAAAGGGAGAUUAAGAAUUUAAUCUGUCAGUAUAACUUAAUGUGGCUGAACACGCUUUGUCUCUGAAAUGUGCACAGGUAAUCAAUUUUGUGUUAAUAACUGUAUUGAACCUAAUAAAAUGCAGAAAUUGGUGCCUGGACCACACCAGACUCUUAUUUGGUCCCUUUGUAGUGCGUUUAAUGUUCUGUCACAAUAAACCAAAUUUUCCAAUACAGCCACAGAGGAAAAGAGCUAGCUAGGGAAUCGCGUUCACCUUUGUGACAUGGGAUAGCAGAAAUUGUAAUUACUGCAUUCUCAUUUAGGAGAGACGGGAAGAUGUCCCCUCCAUGAUGUAUGGUUUACCACUUAUUCAGGCUGCAGGAUCACAGCAAUUGAGCACUUAAUUUUCAACUCCAAGUACAGUGGGGUGUCAAGUAGUUAGGAAUGAUGUGUCAUAGGCUGGUGUCGCUGACAAGGCAGUAAGAGAGUCUGUCAUUUGAGAUUUGGGUGUGAAUAAUCUGGAAGGAGAACUGGCAAAAAUGAUGUGCAGAGCAAAGGAAAUGUGUGGUGGUUAAAUUCUUAUCUGAAAGCUGGCAGAAUUAAUAUCCAUUUUUCAGAGGUGGAAGUGUUGAUGUAUUGUUUGAAACACCCUUAUGUUUUGGUUUGCAAGAUUUAAGUUAAAUGGGAAAAUGUUGCUUGUUGUUCCUCUGCUAUAUUUUCUGGUGUAAGGUUAAUGGCAUAUUUGUGGUCUAUCAAAUGUAAGACUCUUCAGUAUUGCUUGCCAUUUGGAUGAAAUCCUUGUAUGCUGUUUUAAAAAAUGUGUACAUUUUUAUUAUUAUUUUUUGUGAUCAGUGUGAACUCAUAUUGUUGGAAGUAAAUGAGCAAUUACACUGGCUUUUUUUUACACUGUUAAUGAAACUUUUUUUUUUAGUUGUCAAGAUAUUUACAGUGUAACUGUUUUCUUUAAGUAAAACAAACACUGCAGAUUUUAUGAAUAUUGUGCAGAAAAACACGAGUUCAGUAAGCCUCAUAUGUUUUGUUUCAGUUUUGUGAAGUUGCAGAUCUCACAUGUGCCACAUAUAUUUUUAAAACCCA